AUGUCACAAGAAACGAUAAACUUAAACAUUGGAUCCAUUAUUCCAAUGGAUCUCAAAGAUGGGCAAAAUGGAAAACUGAUCGAAGGCCUGCUUCAAUUUGAAGAUAUCUAUCUGACUGAGUCAGAAGAUUUUUGGCAGGAACAAGAGCUGGACAGCGCUAAGCUGCUCUUUGAGGAUUACGUGCCGUUGGCGUCAUCUGCUUUCGUCACUGAAGGACAACUCCAUAAAGUUGUGUUACUAAAUGCACCGACCGGACGAACUUCCGCCGCACCAAGGCGCAUCUGUAUGGAAACAUCGUUUCCAACUGUUAACGUCAGCUAUCGAUCCGACUGUGUUGAGUUGUUACCAUCAAUUGGUUGCGGUGACCCACCAACUUUUGAGGGAUCGUUAACAUCUGUUGUCGUCGGCAGCCGUCCGGUCUUUCAGCAAUCUGCAUCUUCCGAAGUCGUUCAUGAUGAAAUCUGUCAAGAUACAUCCGUCCUUAGAUCGUCUGACAUGAUUCCAGUGCAGCCAAAAUCAACUGCUGUGAUCGAAACUGCAAGAGAAAUGAAAGAAGGGACUGUUGUACAAAAUGGUCCUAAAGAUACGCGAUUCACAGUGGGCGAAUUGUCACUAAAAGAAAAACCGAAACGUUCGUGUGACAAUACGAAUAUGUUCGUCCGCAAUUCUACCGAUAAAACAACCAAGAAGCUGUGCUGCCCUUAUUGUCUAAAGCGGUUUUCAAAAGUAUCCAGACAUUUGGAGACAAUGCACGCAGAGGAAGAGGACAUAAAAAAAUUGCUUCGCUUUCCGCAAAGAUCAAAAGAGAGACGCCUCAUACAAGACUCCUUGCGAAAAAUCGGAACGUAUUUAUGGAAUGCAGAUGCUAGUAUUAACAAAAACGAGUUAAUACCAAGUCGCAGACCAAGCGGAAACUCAGUACAUCAGGCUUUCUUGUGGACAACAUGUGUAUUCUGCUUUGGUCCCUAUACGAAAAAAAAUUUACGUCACCACGUUGCUGAAUGUCCAGCUAACACGCAGUCGAACCGAAUUAAAGACCAGCGAAUCUUGAUUAAAUUGGCUGCAAUCGCUGAAGCACGCAUUCACGACCUCGCAAGUGAUCGAUUAGUUAAGGUGAUGGGAAUCAUGCGCGAAGACGAAGUCGUUCGUCUUGUCCGAUUCGACUGGCUUUUGAUUGUUUUUGGAAACAAAAUGUGUUGCAAGUACACGCCCCAUUACCAAGAAAAUAUGAUACGAGCGCGACUACGAUUGACUGGAAGAGUUUUAAUCGAAAUAAGAAAAAUAAAUCCCACAAUCAAAGACUUCGCAUCAAUUUAUCACGUUGAACAAUACAACGCUUUGGUUGCCGCAAUCCGGAACGUAGCUCGAUUCGAUCCACACACAAGCGAAUUUGGUGCGCCAGCGAUGGCAUCAUUUGCGGUCACUUUCGUUAAAGCCAUUGGAAAGUACCUCAGCGCUGAGUAUAUUCGUUUGAGAGAUCGCGAAAAUAAAAUUGAAACCGAAGACUUCCUAGCUUAUAUGGAUACCGACAUCGAUAUAUCUAUCAAUAGGCUUGUCGCUGAAACGCAAGCAAAAAUGCGCCGCAUGAAACAACAAAACAUUCCCACAAUGGAAGAUGUGAAGAAAUUGAUCACUUACAUCAAUUCUGAGAGAAACGCCAGUUUUCGUGAGCUAUCGAAAACAUUCACCUACGAAAAAUGGUUAAAAUUAGCAGAAAUGACCAUGGCAUGGAUAAUCGUGUUUAACAGGCGUCGCAUUGGUGAAGUGCAGAACAUUCUUGUACAAGAAUUUCUUCUACGCGAAUGUGUCGACGAUGAUUCUAACCAGCAAAUGUUGGCAACGUUGUCGCCACAAGCCAAAUUGGUGGCACGUAAAUUUAAACGAAUGAAGAUUCGCGGUAAAAAAGGACGAACCGUACCAGCGUUACUCAAACCGUCGAUUGAUGCAGGCAUCCAACUACUCAUAAAUACUCGAGAAAUGGCUGGUAUAUGUACCACGAAUAACUUUCUGUUCGAACUGCCAUCGUCGUCACAUCAUCGAAUUAGAGUCAUCGAUGCAUGCCAAUUGUUACGUAAGAUUUCCGUUUCAUGUGGCGCAAGCAAUCCGUCCAGCCUUCGUGGAACGAAUCUACGUAAGCACAUGGCGACCACAUGCGUAUCAUUGGAGCUCAAUGAUGCCUUAGUGGCGGAAGUUGCAAAGUUUUUGGGCCACGACGAAAAAAUACAUCGAGACACUUAUCGUCAAAAUACCAUCGACCGCGAAGUGGUGCAAAUGGCUGAGCUGCUCGAAAAGGCGUCAGGAAAGUUCGAUGAAUUCAGCGAUGAUGAGGAAGAUGAAUUUGGUAAUGGUGGAUAUGUAAAUAUGAACAUGGCAAACAGUGGCAAAACGAACGAUCUCACCGAAACACAGAAUCGCACUGAAACGGACGGUCGCAGUGGAACGGACGGUCGCAGUGGAAUGAACGAUCUCACUGGAACGGACGAUCGCACUGUAACGGACGAUUGCACUGGUACGGACGAUCGCACUGAAACGAUCGACACCGAAAUGACUGUUGAUGGUAUGGAACUGAAUGAAAUGGAACUGGAUGAGAUGGAAUUAAGCUCGUCAAAUAGAAUCGGAAAGGUUGCUGUUGGAGCUGAGAAGAGAAAAUGUACGAGAAUUCGUUGGAGCCAAGAAGAAAUAUCUUGCGUGCACCAGGCUUUCGCGGACCAUUUCAAGAAAGGUACAUUGCCAGUGGAAGGUGAAAUCGAAAGACAGAAACGAAUUGAUCCAGUAUUGCAGUCGCGUCCUUGGCAACAAAUUAAGGCAUACGUAAACAACCAACAACGAAAGCAGAAAAAAAUCGCAAAGAAAUGA